UUCUACAGUAAGUUUCCAUAUGAAGCAAAAGGCUUUUGUGUAGAAUCUUUGUGUCCGUAGUUUGUGUGUGCGUGCAUGUAUGGUGCGUGUCUGGAGUAAACGUCUCAACAUGACCUACUUAUCACACGUUACACAUUCACAUGUGAUAAAAGGUUGGAGACAUUUGUGGAGUGGCGCAGAAGCUCAAAAGCAACAAACAUGAAGAAGGUUAUUGUUCUGAUGCUAAUGUUCAGCCUUUGUCAUUCUGGUCCAGGGAAUGAUGACAAUAUUUGUCCUUUUGGAGGCUCAGCCAGCUGCUGUAACAUCUGCCCCACAAACAUGGAACAAAGAAUUACUUCUCUUGAAACCAUGCUGGAAAAUGCUGAAAAAGAAGUUCAAGAGUUGCGGAGACUCACUCAAGUUACUCCCUGUCAAGUUUCCAAUCUGUUAUUUUUGAUAUUUUCAGGCACUCCUCGAGUGGCUUUCUCUGCAGCUCUCCCUGGCUCUGGAAACACAGGACCUUUCACCACUGCUACCCCACUAACGUACAAAAAGGUUUUCUCCAACACAGGGAACUGCUAUAAUCCAUCAACAGGUAUUUUCACAGCAACGGUCAGUGGAAUGUACUUCUUUCGGUUCUCGAUGUUCAACAACAUGACUCCUGCUCCCAACUCGGUUGUGAGCCUCAUGAAGAACAGUGAACGGCUGACGUCUGUGUGGGACACCGCUGCGACUGAUAUUCACGACAGUGGAAGCAACGCUGUGGUCAUCUCUCUGAAAGUGGGAGACAACGUGUACGUGCAGCUGGAGCCAAACAGGGCCGUCUAUGAUGAUGGGAUGCACUACAACACAUUCAGCGGCUUCCUGCUCUUCCCCAUGUGA